GGGAUACUUCAACAUGGCGGCGCCCAUGGCCUCCAAUUUUAAGUUCGCAGUGUGUUGAUCGGCAGAUCUGAUCGUCGUUUUUGAUCGGAUGUUUUAACUGGAUCUGAAGAGGUCCGGAGAUAGGAAGUCACCAUGGCCAGGCCAGUAUCGAAGGAGACAUUCAAGCAGAAGUUUCAGAACAUCUUCCGUCGAAGAGAAGGAGCCAUCAAUACUGGCGCAACAACUCAGUCCAAAUCUGAAGAGUUUCUGGUCACCCCUUCCCUUCUGAAGGAGAUUUCCAAAGAGAGUCCAAUCAGCCAGAGAGUGAAAGCAAUCAGAGACCUGUGUGAGUUGGUGACAACCAAGCGACUAGAAGACAAUGGAAUUGAGGCAUUAUGGGUAUCGACCUCUGACCUCUUGGAGCCACACAUACCCACGGAGCACAGACACCUCAUGUUGACUUUCAUCAAGUGUAUCAUUAAUGGUCAGAGUGAAAGGCUCGGGCUGAUGAGGGCGCUGUUCUUCGAGGUCAUCAAGAACCACUCUAUCUUUGAAGAUUUGCCGCAAAGACUGGAUGUUCUGAAGUCACUGAGUGCCAACGGUAAAAACCUCCUUGACUUUGAGGAGGAUAUGGGGCCAUUUCUCCUAGCCUGGAUGCCAGAUGUUAUUAGUUACGGCAUGACUGCAGAGUUUCUUGGCCUACUCAUCAAUUUGUUCAAGUUUAACUCCUGUUACCUGGACGACCACAUUGUCUCAGGAUUAGUCAAGCAUACUUGCACAGUUUGUAGCCGCACUGGUCGGGAGUAUGACAUCGAGCAAUCCUUGAAGGUCCUGGAAGCUGUUGUAUGCUACAGCUGUAUCCCCACUGAGUCUCUCUAUAACCUAGUCACUGCACUGUGUCGCACCGUCGGAGUACCAGAAUUUGCCCAAGCAAGCUGGAAGUUGAUGCGUAAUCUGCUGGGGACCCAUCUUGGCCAUAGUGCAAUCUACACAAUGUGCAGUAUUAUGGAAAGUGGGCAGAACAAAGGCGACAUCAUCCUGCUGAGGGGUGCAGUGUUCUAUGUCGGGAUGGCUCGUUGGGGAUCCAUGAGAGUACAGUCUCUCAAACACAACUUCACUUCAGUGCUGCCAUCAUUCCUAAAGGCUCUUUCUUGUAAGCACCCACUCGUAGCAUACGAAGUGACCCUGUCCUUACAGCGACUCGUUAAGAAGUACGGCAAGGAUAUUCAGCCAGUAACUUGGGACAUUGUGCUGGACAUCAUCGAGGAGCUGUUUAGAAAAAUCAACAUAUAUUCCACGCAUGAGUUGCUGCCCAAUGACCUGCAUGAUCUGGUGACGACAACAGAGAUGCUACACGAGACCAAGGCAUUCAGUGGGUCUGCAACCAGACUCUUUGGCAUUGUAGAGGAGUUUGCUAACAUCAGACCGGAGAGUUCCGUGUUGACCCUUGUGGGGUUCCGAGCCCAGUCCAUCCAUCCGACCAAAGUAGACUGGAUCCAGAAUCUACAACUCCUUAUGGAUCGUUACUUCAGGAAUGAGGAUCGGACGGCAAUUAGGGAGGCGGCUCUCCGGGUCCUGUCAUCGGUCAUCAGCUCAACGAGUCAUCUCUAUGAGGAUGAUCUGAUUGAGAUGGUGGUCUUACCUCAGCUCAGCCACAUCUCAGAGGAUAUUGACCCCAUCGUGAGGUACACAGCAGUCCAGCUGCUCGUGGACGUCGCCCAAGUUUGCCAGACCCAUCGUUGUCUAGACAUACUGGAUAUCAUUCAGAAGGUGUUGAUGAAGCCGAUGCAUACCAUAGCGAGUCUCGGAAACCCAAUGGAAGGAGCAGACCCCGCCCAUCAGAGGGUCAUUCAGAGCGAGGAGGAUCUUGUUGACAUCAAGGCUGCCGUGCAGGGCCUCAUGGAACUGUUCAGGUCAAAAUUGUAUCGACUGCCAUCCAAUCACUGUGUAUUGGCAUUUGAACUGCUAACCAAUCACAUGCAAGCUCAGUAUCAACACAGCUACCAAUCAGAAACGGCCAGGAGGAUCAGGAGUAUGGUGUUUGAGUAUCUUUUACAUCUUCGGUCUGAUUGUGCGUAUCACAUCGGACUACCAGACAAAGAUGGCGUCAUUAAAUACAGCCCGUAUGUUCUCUGUGAUCGCAAAAUGGAGAUGGACAUUACAGGCAAGACGUCCCCGCCCUCUGUUUGUGCGUCCCCGCCCCUGUCGGAGCGUUUCUGCAAGACGACCUCCAUCCCAUUUGCAGAUGCGUUCAAAGUGAUUACCAUCUGUUUGAAAUACGAGACAGAUUGGCGAGUGUUGACCAUGGUGUCUGAGUGUCUUGCUAAAGCCAUGCAGAAUCGUCCUCUUGUACUGGCUUCUAAUGCAAACCUUGAUCGACUCUGUGCAACUCUCUGCUCAAUGGUUGAUGACCGGAGUCACAUCCGUAGGUUGCACCAUACACCCCCAUCUUUCAACCGAGCGGAUUUCUACGCCGGUGUUUAUCGCAUUCUCACAGCGUUGGUCCCGUACCAUAACCAGUUGGACGGCCGGAAACAAGUUGACCUAAUUAAAUGUCUAGAGGCUGGAUUGAAGCUGAAGUGUGCUCAGCAGUGCGUGGAUGGAUUGACACUCUGCGUUAUGGAGAUGCAGGAUACCAUGAUUAAAAUACUGCCCUCUGUCAUUCUGGAAAUGUCUAAGAUGUCUGCCACUCCAACGAUGGCAAUACCGGUAUUGGAGUUCCUCUCAAGUCUAAUCUGGUUCCCCCACCUCUAUACCAGCUUUGUUGAGAAUCAGUACAUGAGUAUAUUUGCUGUAGCUCUGCACUACACAAAUCCAUUCAAGUUUUCGCUGUAUGUGGUUUCCUUAGCGCAUCACGUCAUCGCGAUGUGGUUCAUCAAAUGUCGUCUCCCGUUCCGUCGAGAAUUUGUCAACUGCAUCACAAGGGGUCUGCGAGCAAGUGCUCCAAGGAUGUCAUUGGAUAGUCCUGGGCGUGUCAAGCUAAGGAGAAGUAGCAGUUUAACAGAGAAACCAAGUCUAAUGCCCAAAAAGAAUGAGCAGAAAAAAUCCAGUGAUAAGCAAGGCCAGGAGUCGUCGGCAACGUCUGAGCGAGCGAGAAACGAGAUACUCAGUGAGUUACACUCAAUACUCACUGAGGGAUGUCUGGACAUGAUGGCCAGGUACACGUAUUCUAACUGCACCACAGUGCCAAAGAGAUCUCCCGUGGCAGAGUUUUUACUUUCCGGUGGCCAAUCCGACUCUUGGUUGAUAGGCAACAAGAUUAUCACCAUAACAACGAGUGGUGGGAGUUCAAGGAGACAGAAGAAUGGACUCUGCGAGAAGUGUUCCUCCCUCAUCCAGGUAGAGACUGGGGAGGACGUGAAGCCGAGCACUUUGAGAUCUACCACCUUAAGGACAGGGGAUUCUGGCAAGGCUGUUGAUGAGCCUUCUGUAGAGCUGCCAGUGCCGUCCAAGGGGUUUCUGAAAAGGCAGCGAUCAAAGUCUGGGAAGCAGCCCGACAAGAGGAAUGAUUCUGGGGAGAAGGCUUUAAGUCGAGGGACAACCCCCCCAACGUCGUCCCCCCAUCCAACCGACAAACGCAAAUCAUUUGACUUUAACGCCCCAGCCACUCCUGAGAAAACUUCCUCUGAGACCCGCGGAUUUCAAUCAAGCAGCCCGCCCCCCUCAAAAUCUGGACGGACCAGCGGUGACAGCCACAAAUCCAAGUCAGGUGCCACGAGUCCAGGGAGUGCUGGUGGUCGAGCUGGGUCUCCUGUGAGCGCUGAGCCACGCCUACCGGCAGAGACGAAUAAAGAGUUUGUGGAGCGAGUGCAGGCUUCGCUGCAUGAAAGAGUGGAGGCGUCAACACGCAAGCUGUCAUCAGUCAACAUAUAUCAAUGCAACUGCUGGUGUCAAGGAUGGGCUGAGGCACAUGAGGCAUCCCACAGUCAUUCUUCUGUGGACAGUGAGAGCAUACUAAUUGAAAAUUAG